ACGAGCUGAAGUGAGAAGUGGAGCCUAGUAAAUGGAAAGCAGAAGCCGAUGCUAAGGUGUACUUCACCUCUAUUGCUGGCCCUGAGGAUGCUAUCGUCAUCUUCUUCUUCUCUCUCUUCUAACCCUAAAUUUCAUCUUCCCUCCACUUCUCAACCCAUCUCUAAUCUACCCCUCAAGACUCCUCUCUCUGAUUCUUGCGUUUUCUCUCAGUCUCGGAGGGUGAGUAUGACACAGUCCAAGUGCUUCUCUGCGACCACGGCUGACCCAAUUCCCAUUUCGCAUUCGGACCAGGUCCAGAAGCCCCUGGAAUCCGAUUCACACUCACUUGUGGUCGUCUCCUUCUACAAGUUUGCUGAUUUCCCAGACCAUGCUGAUUUGCGCAAACCCUUGAAGCAACUCUGCCAGGACCUGCGUGUUUCAGGUGGCAUCAUUCUUGCCCCUGAAGGGAUCAAUGGUAGCAUUUGUGGCACACGGGUGUCAGUGGAAAGAGUCCUUGGAUUUAUCCUAACUGAUGACCGCCUAAAGGGGUUAAGGCAGAUAGAAUCACCAGUUAGUCCUGAGCAGGAAGCUAUCCAUCAUGGACACUCUAGUAGUUCUCCUCUUGCAGCAGGUGAAGAUGCACCCUUUCGAUGGGACCAUGUGAGAGUCAAGUUGAAGAAAGAGAUUGUUACUCUUGGAAUGCCAGAUGUAUCACCAAUUGAAAAGGUUGGAAAGUAUGUUAGUCCAAAGGAUUGGAAUGCUUUGAUCAGUGAUCCAGAUACUGUGGUAAUUGAUGUUCGCAAUAACUAUGAAACUAGAAUUGGGAUGUUCAAAGGAGCAGUUGAUCCAUGUACCAUGGCAUUUCGCGAGUUCCCAUCUUGGGUGGAGGACCAGUUCCAACUUGAUGGUUCAGAUGUGGAGCAUGCAAAGGUGGAGAAGAAAGGGUUGGAUGAAAGCAUCAAUAAGGAUGCAGAGGUUCCAAAUCAUAAAAUUCCAAAGCGGGUUGCAAUGUAUUGCACAGGAGGAAUUAGAUGUGAGAAAGCUUCGAGUUUUCUGCUCAGCAAAGGUUUUGAGGAGGUCUAUCAUUUGAAAGGUGGGAUUUUGAAAUACCUAGAGGAAGUCCCCAAGACAGAGAGCCUUUGGGAGGGUGAGUGCUUUGUGUUUGACAAGCGAGUCUCUGUUGAGCACCGGCUGGUACAAGGAAAUUUCAAGCUUUGCUAUGGGUGUAAGCAACCUGUUAGUGAUGCUGACAUGGAAGCGCAAGAGUGGGAGUAUGGGGUUUCUUGUCCCUACUGUUUUUCAUUGAAGUCUGAAGAGGAGAAAGAGAGGGCAAGAGCACGACAGAGGCAAUUUGAGGCUUGGGGCAUUAUUGGUGGUCCAGAUAAGGGUCGGCGACCAGCAGUAAAGCUGGAUAGCAUAAAGAGUAACCAAAUCAAUUUUUUUAGCUUCUAAUUAGGUAGUGAAACCAAUCUUUGAGCUUUAGUUUAGCCAGAUGAUAAAUGAUAUGUUGGAAGAACUAGAUCUAAGAGUCUUUUUUGCCAAUCCUCUGCUUUGACUGCUUUCUCUAUGCGUUAUGAAGGUUUUAGUUGGGAGUUAAUGAUUGGAGUCACCCAACUUUUUUGUACUGAAUGGAUGCGAAAAUUAGCUAAACUUAGCUUCUGGACGGCAUGCUUGUUAAGUCAAAAUGAGGAAAUAGGACUCUGCAUUCAACUUGUGGAAGAUGGUUUUCUUCA